UCACUUUGUUUUCUGUCAGUGUCCGGUGGAAAUAGUCGUUUUGGUGCAUUUUUGAGGUGCAUGACUGUCAAAUUGUUUAGGUUAUUAAAUUUUAGUAUAAUUUUUAGUUCAAAUUAGAUUUUUUCAUACACUCAUAUUAAAUUUAUCACUUUUUAAAAGCGAUAAUGAGUGAAAGAGACGACCUUUUAUCUCAGUUUACUGGUAUUACCGGCUUAGAUGCAGACAGAGCCAAAUUUUACUUGGAAUCUUCAGCUUGGCAACUAGAUGUAGCACUAACAAGCUACUAUGAUACAAAUGAAGGAGAUGGAAACGAUGAUAUUCAGGAGAUUGAAGCUGGAGGUGACAUUGAAGAAAUCGCACCACCUUCUCCCCCAGAAAUGCGUCAAAAUGUGGAAACAGAACCAACCAAACCUAAAACAAGAGCUGCAGCAAUCAACAGCCGAGUGGCAACACUGAGCAGUCUGCAGGCGGAGAUUGGUGGCAGUUCUGAUGAAGAAGAAGGCCAAGCAUUCUAUGCAGGUGGGUCUGAGCAUAGUGGACAGCAAGUCUUGGGGCCUGGCAAAAAGAAGAAGGAUAUUGUUGCUGAGAUGUUCAAGUCUGUCCAAGAACAUGGAGCAGAAGUGGUGGAUCCCAAGAGUGCCAGUAGCAGCAAGAGGCCUAGCACAUUCACAGGCACUGGCUACAGGUUAGGGCAGUCCUCCAAUGAUACUGAAGUGGUGUCGUUACCCCAGGCCCGCAGAGAGUCACACACAGAAGUAACCCUGAAGUUAUGGAAGGAAGGUUUCAGCAUGGAUGAUGGACCACUAAGAGAAUAUGCUGAUCCAGCUAAUGGAGAGUUCUUGGAUUAUGUUCGCAGAGGUGAAGUACCAAGAGAGUUACUGCAGAAUGCAACGGGUGGAGAGGUUCAUCUCAACAUGGAGGACCAUAGGCAUGAGGAAUUUUUACCUCAGAAGACCAAAGUCAAAGCUUUUGGAGGGAAAGGACAUUUAUUGGGGAGUCCAUCACCCACUACAGUUGGCACUACUAAGCCCUUAGACGAAAAGGACAAGCUUGCAAAUGAGAAAGAGGCGCAAGCAACUGUCAGCGUGGACAGCGGUGCUCCCACCACCUCGGUGCAGAUUCGGUUGGCUGACGGCUCCAGACUUGUAGCUACUUUCAACCACACCCACACGGUUGGUGACGUGCGCAGAUAUAUCAUGCAAGCCCGACCCCAGUUCGAACACCAGACAUUCAGUUUGCUGACGACGUUCCCCAACAAAGAGCUGACUCAGAACUCCCAGACUCUGGCAGAGGCAGGAUUACUCAACACCGCCAUAGUGCAGAGGCUCACCUGACUUGUUCUUACAGUAGCUCCACUUCUCACCACCAUCAACUAAAAAAAUGUUUGUUAACUUAGAAGUCUUACUAAAGUUUACUAAGCAUAAUAAAGAUUGGUUGGAAUUUUCUUUUGAACGUUCUUAAAGUAGGUGAAAACGUUCUUCCUUAAAGAUUUUUGAUUGGAAAUAUUUGUUUUGUAAUAAGUAUGCUUCUUUUAUUAUUUUCUAUUCUAAUUUUCACUUUUGCAUUUCUGUAUACAAAUGAUUGUAAAUACAGUACUUGUUAUAAUAAAUUAUUUCACAGUUC